AUGAAGAUUUAUUACAUUGGUAUUUUAAGAUCAACUGGAGACAAGGCAGUAGAAUUAACAUCAGCCAGAGAUUUAUCUCAGUUUUCAUUUUUCGAAAGAAAUGGAGUAUCUCAAUUCAUGACUUUUUUUGCAGAAACUGUAUCUCAAAGAACUCAACCUGGACAAAGACAAAGUGUUGAAGAAGGUAACUAUAUUGGUCAUACUUAUACCAGAUCAGAAGGAAUUUCUGGUAUCAUUAUAACGGACAAAGAUUAUCCUGUGAGACCAGCUUAUUCUUUAAUAAAUAAAAUCUUGGAAGAAUAUUUAUCAUUACAUCCUAAAUCUGAUUGGGAAAAUAUUGAUAAAACAAAUGAAACUUUACAAUAUGGACAAUUAGAAGCAUAUUUGAAAAAAUAUCAAGACCCUACUCAAGCUGACUCAAUCAUGAAAGUCCAACAGGAAUUAGAUGAUACUAAGGUUGUAUUACACAAAACUAUUGAAGGGGUUUUACAAAGGGGUGAGAAGUUAGAUUCUUUGGUUGAUAAAUCAGAAGCAUUAUCAAGUUCUUCAAGAAUGUUUUAUAAGCAAGCAAAGAAAACCAAUUCUUGUUGCGUGAUUAUGUAA